GCCACACCACUCAUCAGCUCGCUCUCGCCUAUCUUCUCCUAUAAUCUGAGCCUGGUCGCUCGUGGUUCACCGGGAACAGACGCGCUCGAUCGCGCGCCUCGUCGGCAGUCGCCACCGGUGAGCACUCUACGCCGUCGAGCUAGCGCCCGUGGCUGCCUUCGCUCCAACAGCAACCCGACGAACGGCCCUCGCCGCGCGAAGCCCUUCAAUUCUUCCGAAGAAUCUAUCAAAUCAGUGAGAUUAAUCUACACAAAUGCUUGCAGCUGAAGAACUGAAACUGAUCAUCCCGUUGUAGUUCCCCCCCUGAGACCCAACGGCGGCGUAUGUCGAUCUCCUCGUGCCGGACCUGAGCAACGUCGUCGGACAAACUCGAUCUCCCCGCUCCGAACAACCACUCGAAAAAAAGCCUCUGAAGACCUCCCUCGGACCGUCCACCCAAGGCAGGCACACGUCAUUGCCUUCUACAUGCAUGGCAAAGCGUGGUUACUGGUACCACAGUUCAACCGCUUUGCUAAGCCUAAACUCUUCAAACCGGAAGAAUUAAUAGGAGAAAAACAUGGAGAAGCCGAGUGAAAUUGCCAAAUCGAUAUUUCUAUUUCUGAAAUCAGACGAGGCCAUGGUCAUGCGGAUCGAGUUCCUGGUGGUGGUCACGGCCGUAUUGUUCCUCCUGAUGUCUAUCUUGGACAUGUUCCGUCAUCGGUCACGCCACAACCUCAUCAAGUAUUUUCUAUUGAUCCUAGACGGCAUAAGCGAUUCCACGUUGAUCUACACAAUUGGGCUGAUGCAGAGUGUGCCUUCGCUGAAGAAAGACCUGUUCCCGGUGUGGGCGCUGAUGCUGGUCAACCUCCGGAGCAGCGUCUGCUUCAUCUCGGCGUACGGCAUCCCUGACCAACAGAACCGCCGGUUUACAGAGGUAGCAAGGGUGAUGGCACUUAUAGGGGUGGCAUUCUUGAACACAACGUUCAACAGCCGGUUCAAGCAUCCUAUCUGGGCACUUUGGGCGAUGCAGGUAGUGAGAUGUGGCUACCUCUUAAGGGUGUACAGGCUCGCCACAAGGUCCUACUUGCAUGGCUGGAGCUCACCGCUUCUGACAGCAUACAUGGGCACCCCCGAUGGCGUUGCUGCGAACGGUGAUACAGCCACAAUGCGAGGAUACAAGUACUUGGUAUCUGGAGAUCAGAAGCAAACAGUUGAAGUGAAGCCUCCUGAGUACAAGUUCACUCUGUUUGUCCCAGAGCACAGAAGGAAAAUGCUCGUCACACUUGACAAGGUUUGGCAGCAGGAUGCAAGCGACACUAGUUCGACUGACAUCCUAACACCACAGAUGAAAGACAUGUGCCUGUCUUUUGCAUUAUACCGCUUACUCCGUUGCAGAUUUGAUGACUUGAGCCUGCCAAGUGACAGUGUCGUCAACACCAGAAGAUUAAUCAGUAAAAUCAUCGGCAAAGGCAACGCGGAUUUCGCUACACAAAUAAGCAACUACAGCGAGAAGACCUUCAGGAUUGUGAGAUCAGAGCUCGCGUUCCUCAACGACUACUUCUACACAAGAUACCCCGUCCUCUUCUGGCGUGGCUUCCCAAUCUUUGCUUCCUGCCACCCUGUGCUAACAAUUGCUUUCACUGUUUGGCUUGGAAAGGAUCUCCAUAAAAUUUACAAGCCUAAGCAGGGGGGCGCCAACGUUGAUAUCAUCAUUACGUGGGGGUUCAUGUUCAUCAUCGUGUUCAAGGAGCUUUGGAAGAUGAUCAUCUACUUGCUGUCAGACUGGACCAAGGUGAUGGUGCUGUGCGAGUACACUGCCGACAGCUUUAAGCAUGCUCCACGAUGGCUUUGCAAGGGCUUUCUCUGGCUUCUAUGCACUCGAAGGUCCAAAAUUGUCCACCAUUGGCACAAUAAGGUAAAUCAGUAUGAAUUCCUUCAAUCAUUUAAUUACAGGCCUUGCAAGUGGAACAUUCUCUACUAUGGAACCCUUGGAUUGUUCGCAAGACGAAGAGAUGGCGAGAAACCAGGCAAAUCAAUCGAGCUGCCAGAAGACGUGAAGUCAGCCAUUUUGAGGUCUCUCUGCUCACAAAACCUUGAGCGAGAUUCUUUGGAGCCAAAUUUCCCAAUAUUGUUUUCGACAUUUGGACUUCCAUGCUCCCACAUCAUCCUCGUGUGGCAUAUAGCAACGACCCUAUGCGAGAUUGAGCUUUCUCAACGUUACAACGGAUGCUUAACUGAUUCUGAGCUGCAGCAUGCAGUCAAGGCUGGUAAGAACUCCCAGCCAUACGUUGUAAAGGAAGAAAGGCUGGAAGGUGCACUGCAAGCUAAUUACAUAGUCGCAAGUUGUAUUUCAAGAUACUGUGCCUAUCUGCUUGUCUCAGAGCCAGAUUUGCUACCUGAUACCUACUUAAGUUCUGCGGAGGUAUUUGAAAGCACCGUGAAAGAGGCUUCAGAUGUUCUAAAGGGAUCUGACAACCUGCAGAGCAUAUACAGAAAACUGAUGUAUCAUGGGGAUGUUGUGAAUGUCGAUAAUAUGAACAGACGUCACCCAAGUGUGAUACUCGCGAGAAGUGCACAAGUUGCUAAGUCCUUGGUUGAAACUGAAGUCAUGGAUCGUUGGGAGAUGUUGGCUGGGGUGUGGGCCGAAAUGUUAGUACAUAUAGCUCCCUCUUGGAAUGCAGCAGCUCACAAGAAAUGCCUUUCAACCGGUGGCGAGUUCGUAACUCAAAUCUGGGCCAUUCUUUCUCAUUGCAACAUACAAGAAAGCAAUCUCUGGCCACAGCAGGAAUCUCCAAAUGAUAAUGAAGCAGAGCAGCAGGAAGAAAGUGUAAGUGGCAAUCAGGCAUCUUUUUCAGCACAACAGCGGGCAGCUGCUGGUCAUGGUGGAGUAAGGGAUGAUGAAGCUGGACCGAGUGGGACAAAGCCAAAUGAUGAAACAAAAGACGAUGACGAAAAGAAGAUGUCGGUUAAUUUGAGUUCAAGAACACCAAUAAAACGUGACAGUGUGAGUUAGUAUAAUAUUGUUGAACUCGAGCUUUCUUAUGUCACAUAUAUGUUCCUUUCUUAAGAACAUGUCUGUUCAUUCUCCAUGUGUAGUAGUUUAUAUGGUUGUUGCUUGCAUGUACUAAGGUGUGGUCUCUUGCCGUACUAUGUACUUUAAACAGCUGCAAAUAUCGUGUUACUUUUUUUCUUA